UGUAUUAUAUAUGUAGGCUGUUGCUGGGCAUUUUCUGCAGUGGCAGCAGUGGAAGGGAUUAACCAAAUCCAAACUGGGGAACUGAUCUCACUGUCCGAGCAACAACUUCUGGACUGUACCAGCAGCUAUGGCAACAAAGGCUGCGAUGGUGGUUUCAUGACUAGUUCCUUUCAAUACAUCCAACAAAACGGAGGAAUUGCCAGCGAAGAAAACUACCCGUACCAGGCUGUGGAGGGAACAUGUAACGCUAAUCAGCCUGCUGUCCAGAUCACUGGUUAUGAAAAGGUGCCUGAAAAUAGUGAAGAAGACCUACUCAAGGCUGUGUCCAGGCAGCCAGUCUCAAUAGCCAUCGAUGGUUCCGGGGCGGAGUUUAUGAAUUACCAAAGUGGGGUCUUCUCGCCCACAGAUUGUGGGACGAAACUGACCCAUGCUGUUACCGCCGUUGGGUACGGUACGACUGAGGACGGCACUAAGUAUUGGUUACUCAAGAAUCAAUGGGGUGAGAGCUGGGGUGAAAAUGGCUACAUGAAAAUUCUUAGGGAUGCUGGUGCCCCAGAAGGUGUCUGUGGCCUUGCUCAGCUGGCUAGCUAUCCGACUGCAUAAUCUAUAUAUAUUUAUAUAGGCUAUUAUGGAAUCCAUAUCGAAGUGAAUGUAUUAUCAAUGGCUGUGAAAAUGCCUAUAUGGUUUAAUGUUCUCUAUAAUUCCUCUACUUGAUGAAAUUGAGGCUCAAGAACUAAUAACAUGGGUUACUACUUGUACUCCUAUUCAUUCCGCCAAACUGCCCAAAGUCUUAUUAUGCAUAAAUUACGAUGGAUUACAGGACCGACGACCUCAAAAGUCUCAUUGGUCUUUGCCGAAUAGAAAAAAAUAACAAAUCAAGUCUCUUUUUUCUCUGGUUUUUUCCCAUUUGGCAGGGAAGACCUCAAUGCACUGAAGACAGUUACCCAUACCAGAGUCUGGAUGGAACUUCUGGUCACGAAGAGAGGUGCCUCCCAAUAGCAAAAUUGACCUACUCAAGGCUGUGUCCGGGCAACCUGCAGUUUCUGUUGCCAUUGCCGCCACAGGAGAAGCAUCUCGGCAUGAGGAUGCCCCAGAAGGUGCUUGUGGCCUUGCUCAGAAAGCUUUCCAUCAACAAGGCUUUCUGAAUCAUAUGGUUAUUGUCAUGUAACUAUAAAAUCUUGUCGACUUCACCUAUAGCUGUAGACCGAACCCAAGACUACCAGAUUCUCCUUUUUCAUAUUUAUGCAGAAUUACUAUUAUUGGUUGUGAAAA